CAGCCGCGCACGGCAAAGCGCACGGGAAGACAGCUAUUAUUUUUAUCGUGUUUUGGUAGAGCUCAGUGGUUAUUAAUGACUGAAACAAGGAGCAGCCCUAAUUUGUUUGAAAUGACAUACGAUUGAUUGUCAAAUAGUGAAAAUAUUGAAAUGUAUACUUUGCUGAAUGGUCUUUACAAGUAUCUAGUGCAGAAAGAUGAAUACUACAUUUUGAUAUUGGGAUUGGAUAAUGCUGGAAAAACGACUUACCUCGAAGCGGCUAAAACAAAGUUUACCAAAAACUACAAAGGCAUGAAUCCCAGCAAAAUUACGACUACUGUCGGACUUAACAUAGGGAAAAUCGAUCACGCUGGCGUUAGAUUGAACUUUUGGGAUCUCGGCGGGCAAGAGGAACUACAGUCUCUGUGGGACAAAUACUAUGCUGAAUCCCAUGCAGUCAUCUACAUCGUUGAUUCGUCUGAUAGAGAAAGAAUACCAGAUUCCAAGGAGACCUUUGAUAGAAUGAUCUCUUCGGAACAUUUAAUGGGAGUACCCUUGCUGGUUCUUGCAAAUAAGCAGGACGUUCCCGACUGCAUGGGAGUUAGAGAUGUAAAACCAAUAUUUAAUCAGAAUGCACAUCUGAUUGGAAGGAGAGAUUGCAUGGUUAUGCCAGUUUCUGCGCUCAAUGGUGACGGGGUAGAUGAAGGAAUACACUGGCUGGUUGACUGUAUCAAACGAAACAAUGAUGUUCGACCACCUCGUAAUCAAGAUGACAAUGGCCUGUCGUAGCAACAAUACAUUCAGGUGUGAUCCUAUAUUAAAUUAUUAAAUUAAAUAUGAGUAUUUUGUACAUUUCCAACAAUAAUCUGUUAUUAAUAUUAUUUUUAUUAUCAUUAUUUACAACAA